CUGCUUCACAGAAAUGAAACUUAAAGUGGCUGCUGACGUACGAACCAGGAAAUGAAAGUAUAAACAAGCUACGGUGUGUGCAGAGGGACAGAUAAAAACACACACAGCGAGGAGGACACACACUUCCCUGCAGAGACUCUGAGGAUGAAGCUGCUUCACAUGGCUGCGGCUCUGCUGUCUGCAUGGGUCCUCACAGCUACUGCUGCAGGGCCUGAAACAGGAGUUUCCGGAGUUAAUUUAAAUGGGAAGAUGUUCACUUUGUCUAGGUUUGCAGGGGGAAUAUCCUUCUACCCCCCCCAGUUUUAUACCACUCCCUACCCAACUCGAAGAUACCCCACCACGCCCUACUACACCACCACACGCCCCUAUAUCCCAGAGUCCACCGUCAGCCGGAAAUACAGCCCCACCACCACCCGCCGCUACACCACCAAACCCACCCCCACCCGCCGCUACACCACCACCCGCCGCUACACCACCAAACCCACCCCCACCCGCCGCUACACCACCACCCAAUACCACACCACCACCCUCCCCCCGCCCACAGCACCCUACGCUAGAGAUGUGUCCGUGUGUCUGCGAUACCUGACGGACGCCCCGACGACACUCUUCACACUUCGUCAGUCCAGAUACCCUCUGCGCUUCGCAGUCGGUGAUGCUGAUCUAGUGUAUUCUCUGGACAUGGAUCCGUAUGGUGGGCAGACUUUGAUCUUUCGACCCAACAUAAAGUUUUGGCCAGGCAUCAAAUCAGAAGCCUGGAGCAGAGUCUGCCUCACCGUGGACAACGUGAAGUAUGUGGCCCAGGUGUUCAGCGGCUUAAACACCAGCAUCAGGAAGCUGCUGCCUAGACGGUGGGUGUCGUCAGGUGAGCCUGUGAUGGAUUUUUCAGAAUUCAAUGGUCAGCUGACCGAUGUGCAGAUGUGGGAUUAUACUCUCAGCAAAGUAGAUGUCCUCAACUACAUGACCCGCGGCGCUGUCUCCGGGCCCUACAGCGGCUCCCUCCUUACCUGGUCCUACAUCAGCUACUCCCCCAACGGAAUCACACUGUUGGAGGACGACGAGUGGCAGGCUCGACAGCCAAUCAGCAGCAACAGCAGGGGGAGGAAAAAGCGAGUGAAAAAUAUGUUUAAUGAGGUGGAACACAACAGAGUACAGCUUUAAUGAAACACACAGGGGCAUGUGUGGGAAAGCCGUACUUUUGCAUUUCAUAAUAAAUCACUCACAAAUCUAAAUGAAGAGUCAAAUAAUCAUAAAUAAAAUGAUACUGAUAACUGAUUAAAGUCGCUGAUUACCAUAUACAUGUAUUUACAAGACUACAAACAAGUCUAAUUCAUGGAUUUAAUCAUUAUUUCAAGCUUUCACUAACAUGUUUUACUUUUUACAUCUGUAUUUCUAAUAAUAAAGAGAUGGCUUACACAAUA